UGUCCCCAGCAAUGCAUCUAUUUGGCCUCAACUGGCAGUUACAGCAGACUGAAAAUGACACAUUUGAAAAUGGAAAAGUGAAUUCUGAUACUGUGCCAACACACACUGUGUCAUUGCCUUCUGGUGAAAAUGGAAAAUUAGGAGGAUUUGCACAAGAAAACAAUACUAUAGAUUCUGGAGAACUUGAUAUAGGCCGAAGAGCAACACAAGAGGUUCCUCCUGGGAUCUUCUGGAGGUCACAGGUCUUCAUUGAUCAGCCACAGUUUCUAAAAUUCAAUAUCUCCCUUCAGAAAGAUGCAUUGAUUGGAGUAUAUGGCCGAAAAGGCUUACCACCCUCGCAUACUCAAUAUGACUUUGUGGAACUUUUGGAUGGUAGCCGGUUGAUUGCAAAGGAACAGCGCAACCUUCUUGAGGCAGAGAGAGCAGGUAGACAGGCAAGGUCUGUCAGUCUUCAUGAAGCAGGUUUCAUCCAGUAUUUGGAUGCUGGGAUCUGGCAUCUGGCUUUUUAUAAUGAUGGGAAAAAUGCAGAACAAGUGUCUUUUAAUACAAUUGUCAUAGAGUCUGUGGUGGAAUGCCCCCGCAAUUGCCAUGGAAACGGAGAGUGUGUAUCAGGAUCAUGCCAUUGUUUUGCUGGAUUUCUGGGCCCUGAUUGUUCAAGAGCAGCCUGCCCAGUAUUGUGCAGUGGCAAUGGGCAGUACUCCAAAGGACGCUGUCUUUGCUACAGUGGCUGGAAAGGGACAGAGUGUGAUGUGCCUACCACCCAGUGCAUUGACCCUCAAUGCGGAGGUCGUGGGAUUUGCAUCAUGGGCUCUUGUGCCUGCAACUCUGGAUACAAAGGAGAAAACUGUGAGGAAGCUGAUUGUUUAGAUCCAGCCUGUUCAAAUCAUGGUGUGUGCAUCCAUGGAGAGUGCCACUGUAAUCCAGGAUGGGGUGGUAACAACUGUGAAAUUCUGAAGACUAUGUGUCCAGACCAGUGCUCUGGCCAUGGCACGUAUCUUCAAGAAAGUGGCACAUGCACUUGUGACCCUAAUUGGACUGGUCCUGACUGCUCCAAUGAAAUCUGUUCUGUUGACUGUGGCACACAUGGCGUCUGCAUGGGUGGAACUUGUCGUUGUGAAGAAGGCUGGACUGGCCCAUCCUGCAGUCAGAGAGCAUGUCACCCUCGGUGUGCUGAACAUGGAACAUGUAAAGAUGGGAAGUGUGAAUGCAGCCAAGGCUGGAAUGGCGAGCACUGCACCAUUGGUAGGCUAACUGUGCUUUAAUAUUGUUCUUCAAUA